AUGUUACACAUACCAUCAGACUCGUCGCAAGCUAGAAGCAAUCCUUCAUCCGUAACGCCAACUCCAUUGGAAUUAUGCAUCGCGAGACUUGGCCGUGAACGCCCACUGGCUUUUACUAGUAUCUGGGCUGAAGCUGCUUUCAUCUUCAGCAUCAUGAUGUCUCAAUUCCUGACAGAAUACUUUGUCUCGGGCUUUACACUCAUUCUUCCAACUUUGAUACAAGAGCUGGAUAUUCCACAUGCAGCUGCUGUAUGGCCUGCCAGUGCAUUCUCGCUUGCUAUCGCCAGUACAUUACUUAUCUUCGGCCGCCUGGGAGACAUGUGGGGAGGCUAUCCUGUCUACCUCUGUGGUCUUGCAUGGCUAUUAAUAUGGAGUAUCGUCGCGGGCUUCAGCAUUAAUCCACUUAUGCUUGACUUUUCCAGGGCACUUCAAGGGCUUGGUGCAGCUGCGGCUCUCCCAACAGGAAUUAUGCUCAUGAGCUCGAUGUACCGACCGGGGCCCCGAAAGAAUUUUGUUUUCGCUAUCUACGGAGCAUCAGGCGUCUUCGGCUUCUUUGGGGGCAUUGUCCUCGCAGGUGUUGUCGGUCAAUUCUUACACUGGGGUUUCUACUUCUGGAUCGGUGCUAUCUUGACAGGCGCUGCGUUGAUCUCCUCAUACUUCUCGAUCCCACACGCUUCAAUAGGGCAAGGAGGCAGUAUUGGAGUUAAGAUGGAUUACCUUGGUGCGAUUUCUCUCGUAUUCGGCCUGAUUCUUACCGUUUUCGCUAUUACGCAAUCCUCGCAUGCUCCUACAGGAUGGCGGACGCCAUAUAUCGCCAUUUGCUUUUCUCUUGGUGUAAUAUUUCUCCUGUCUGCUGUAUAUAUUGAGGCGAGGAUUGCAUCUCAGCCUCUCCUACCAGCCUCAAUUGUAACUAUUCCUUCGAUGACACCUCUCCUCCUCGCCAUCCUCAUUCUCUACGGGUGCUGGGGUAUCUUCUCUGUCUAUGGAACUCUUUUUUUCCAGAAUGUGUGGACUAUUUCCCCGCUACAAAUAGCUGUGUGGUAUAUUCCCCUUGGCGUAGCCGGCCUUCUCUUUAGUGUUCUGGAGGGUUUCAUCUUACACCUUGUUCCUGGCCGAGUCCUUUUGAUCAUCUCUGCGCUAUGCGCACUGGGAGCACAGCUUCUUCUCGCUUUGGUCCCACUCGAUGGAUGGAAUUAUUGGGCAUGGAUAUUUCCAGCCACGAUUUUUAGCACCAUCGGUAUCGACUUUCCUACAAUUCUGAUGACAGUUUUCAUUACAACAAAACUUCCUCGUGCGCAGCAAGGAUUGGCAGGUGGAGUCCUAAAUUCCGUUCUUCAACUUGGAGUCGCGCUUUCUCUUGGGUUGACAGAUAUUCUCCAGUCGGCUGCCGUAGGCAAGGUAGGCUUGGCACAAAGUUACAAAUACACCUUUUGGUUCGGCAUUGGCGCAGCGGCCGUGAGUUUGGUACUAGUAGCGGUUUGGGGAAGUGUACCUAAGGCAACAAGUGAUUUAACAGCAGACGAGAAGCUGGAACUGAUGCAAGAAGCUGAGAGGGAAUUAAACAGUGUUUCUUAGGCUAAUUGUUCGGAUUUUCAACAUUCG